UUUCCUCAGCUAAUUCUCUGUCAUUAAUUGGCAUGAGAUAAUAAAGAUAUAUCCAUUUUGACUUUUUUCCUUUUGCUAUUUCACGAACCCUUUUUAUAAGUUUGCGUUACUGUCUUUUUAGCCACACUCUCCCCCACACGUACCUCACAUAUCAUUAAGCCAUGUUGGGACCACAUCUUCAGCGCAUCCCUAUGCCGCCUCCGUCGCCGCCGCCCAACCCCUCGGCGUCCAUUGACGAGGUGUACAUGCCGCCCCGGCUGACAACAAACUCACUGCCCCAGAACUCCCUUGCCUUCCACGUGCACCCGCCGCGGCUCGGGUCACCCAAGGAGGCUGCAGUCUUGGUGCCCGAGCCCCUGCCAGCCUACGACCACCAGGUGUCACGCAAGCGGUCGCGUCACGCAUGGCCGGCCGAAAUGACCCGCAAAAUCAUCAACGUCCUUCUAGACGAGUUUCUAAACGACCCGCUGUUCCGCACGACCAUCUACCGGAGCCGCGACGAGCGCGACCACCGGUUCAUUCCCUCGGGGCGCACGAUCCUGGAGGAGUACAACAAGGUGCAGAACAUCCGGCGCCGGUACUUUAUCCCACUCAGCUACCUGCUCCAAUGGCAGCAGCUGAGGAAGGACGGCAACAUGCGCAGCCGCCAGCGCACCAACAUCGAGAAGAAGCUGUCGAAGAACCUGGAGACCUCGCGACUGCAGUUGAUUUUCCGCGAGGAAAUGAAGGCCAAGUCUGGGAGCUCAGAGGGCAGCCCGAACAUCCCAGAACUGGACGGUCAAGAGUCUGAUGCCGAGGAUUGCGAGAAGCCUGUGUUUGAGCUCGACAUCUUUGUUGCCGAGCUAAGGCGCAGAGAUCCGGAUCUGUGGGUUCGCGGAGUGGCGGCGUUCCACGCGUGGAUGUGCCGCAAGUGCUCCAUCGAGUUCAUCAUCAACCACUAAAAUGUUCCUUAGUUUUGCCUGUACAUUCUUACCUCGCUCCGAGAACUAGUUCUUCCCCUUCCCUCCUGCACUCCUGCGGGUUGCAACAACUAUUGUAUUACUCCUAGCCCUUUCUAUCCUAAUUGCAAAAAGGUUAUAAACCCCCCUUUCGGAGACUUGCCU